AUGUCAGCUGCUGUCAACAAGGCUGUUGCCAAAGCUAUAGCAAUAGGAAUGGACCUAAAAGAGAAUGUAGAAACCUGUGAUUACAAAUCAACAUCCUUGCACAGCACCAUCUCACCAGUCAGCAUGCCAGCAAACACUGGGAUCAUCCCCACUCACACAAUAGAAGCUCCCAUAGUGACAACUGAAGAACCUUGUGAUGAUAAUAUUAACUACACCAUAAACAGUGUAAAAGAUAAGAAUAACAUGGCUGAAGUUAUACUGGAAAAUCUGAGAAAAAACAGAGAAUAUAUUAUUUUGGAGAUUGACAAGUCAAUUGGGGGUUCCAACAACUAUAAAAUAGAACUUCAGAGAUGCAUGAAAUACACACUUAAAGUUAAAAAUUGUUCAGAACAUUAUCUUACUAUUCCACCUGACAGCAGCAAGAAUCCUUUCAAAGUUCAGAAUGAAACCAACUCAUCUGCAAAGUUAUGUUGGGAAAAGUCAUUUUCCUGUGCUAAUGUGACUGUUAGCUGCAGAGAUUUGCCAGUCUUUACGGAAUUAAAUCAAACUUGCAAAAUGCUGAACACUUUAUCAGCCAACCAUGAGUACAACUGCACUGGUACCGUACACUUUUUUGAAAAGGAGAUUGCCAGCAGAAGCUUCACCAUAACAACAGAUUAUGGUGCUCCAGAAGCACCAGAAAACCUUACAGUAGUUUGUGAUGCCAGAAACGUAUCAGUUAGAUGGAAGAAACCUAGCGACAUUUCAAAGGGUCCUAUACAUGGCUAUACUGUGACAUGCAAUGACAAAGCGCCAAAAUUUGUCAAGACGACUGACUCUAUUUGCGAUGAACUAGAACCUUAUACCAGAGGUUUUGUAUCUGUGACUCCAUAUACGAACAGCAAAUAUAAUAAUAGCACAUUAAUGGGAGAAACUAGAAGAUGUAACUUUACAACAAAAUCAGCACAACCACAGCCAGUGAUUGAUGUUAAUGCAACAUUGACAGCUGAUAAUGCUGUCCAAAUUAAGUGCAAAUGUCAACACGUAUAUGGAGCAAAAACAGUAUUUGAAUUGACUUGGGAAAAUGAUGGAACAAAUGACACCAGAGAAAAUUACUGUGAUUUUAAAAAAGAAAAUCUCUCAUACUUGACAAACUAUACAUUUACGAUCUUAGUGUUUAAUGGAGAACAUAGAGGGCAGCCAGUAAAGAAGAGUAUAAGAACCAGAUAUAAUUCUAAAGCCCUGAUUAUAUUCUUGGUGUUCUUGAUCAUUGUGACAUCAAUUGCUUUACUACUGGUUCUGUACAAAAUUUACGAUCUCCACAAAAAAAAGCUUAGCAAUUCUUCUGAAGGUGUGAACCUCGUGGCAGUUAAAGAUGAUGACAGGCAACUUCUGAACAUAGAGCCAAUACCUUCGGAGCAAUUGCUGGACAUGUACAAGAGGAAGAUUGCUGAUGAAGGAAGACUUUUCUUGGAUGAAUUUCAGAGUAUUCCUAGAGUUUUCAAUAAAUUUUCAAUAAAGGAGGCCAAAAAAAGCCAUAAUCAGAACAAAAACCGUUACAUUGAUAUCCUUCCAUAUGAUCAUAAUCGUGUUGAGCUCUCUGAGAUCCCAGGAGACCCAGGAUCAGACUAUAUUAAUGCAAGUUAUAUUGAUGGCUUCAAAGAACCAAGAAAAUACAUUGCUGCACAAGGUCCCAAGGAUGAAACCACAGAUGAUUUCUGGAGAAUGAUCUGGGAACAGAAGGCAACAAUUAUUGUCAUGGUGACUCGCUGUGAGGAAGGAAAGAGGAACAAAUGUGCCCAGUAUUGGCCAUCAAUGGAGGAUGGCUCUGCAACGUAUGGGGACAUCAUUGUGAAGAUCAAUGAAAGUAAAACAUGUCCAGACUACGUCAUUCAGAAACUACACAUCACAAAUGGAAGAGAAAGGACAGCUGGAAGAGAUGUCACUCAUAUUCAGUUCACAAGCUGGCCAGACCAUGGAGUUCCUGAGGAUCCGCAUCUCCUUCUCAAACUCCGACGCAGAGUUAAUGCUCUCAGCAACUUUUUUAGUGGCCCAAUAGUGGUUCAUUGCAGUGCCGGUGUUGGACGCACUGGGACAUAUAUAGGAAUUGAUGCCAUGCUGGAAGGGCUGGACGCAGAAGGCAGAGUGGAUGUUUAUGGCUAUGUGGUGAAGCUGCGUCGGCAGCGGUGCCUCAUGGUUCAAGUAGAGUCACAGUACAUCCUUAUCCAUCAAGCACUAGUGGAAUACAAUCAGUAUGGAGAAACAGAGGUCAGUCUCUCAGAACUGCAUUCCUAUCUUAACAAUCUGAAAAGAAAAGAUCCUCCAAGUGAUCCUUCUCUGCUGGAGGCAGAGUUUCAGAGAUUACCUUCCUAUAAGGGGUGGCGGACACAGAACACUGGGAAUCGUGAGGAAAAUAAAAGCAAAAAUAGGAAUGCUAACAUAAUUCCAUAUGACUUUAACCGAGUGCCGAUCAGGUACGAAGAUGAAUGCAGUAAGGAGGGUGAACGCGAUUCAGAUGAUUCCUCAGAUGAGGACAGUGACUGUGAGGAAUCAAGCAAAUAUAUCAAUGCUUCAUUCAUAACUGGUUACUGGGGUCCAAAAGCCAUGAUUGCAACACAGGCACCACUGCAUGAAACUAUCUCUGACUUCUGGCAAAUGGUCUUCCAAAGAAAAGUCAAAGUCAUUGUUAUGCUGACGGAACUGAAAGAAGGAGAUCAGGAACUCUGUGCACAGUACUGGGGAGAAGGAAAACAAACAUACGAUGGCAUAGAGGUUCAAAUGACAGAUGUCAACUGUUGUUCUAGCUAUACCAUACGUGCAUUUGAUGUUACACAUCUGAAGACGAAAGAAACACAGAAGGUGUAUCAGUAUCAGUAUCACAAGUGGAGUGGCUUGGAUAUUCCAGAAAACUCCAAAGAUUUAGUCAGCAUGAUUCUCAACCUUAAACAAAAAGUCCCAGCCAGACUAGUCACUGAGGACAACAGGAGUACCCGCAGUGUCCCGCUUGUCAUCCACUGCCGUGAUGGAUCACAGCAGACUGGUGUAUUUUGUGCUUUAAUGACCCUCUUAGAAAGUGCAGAAAUAGAAGAAGUAAUAGAUGUUUUCCAAGUAGUAAAAGCUCUUCGUCGCACCAGGCUGGGAGUGGUCUCCACCUUUGAACAUUACCAAUUUCUGUAUGACACCAUUGCCAGUACCUACCCUCCACAGAAUGGACAAAUAAAGAAGAACAGCCAGCAGGAAGAUAAAGUGGAAUUUUGCAGUGAAGUAGAAAAAACAGAUCAGGAAACUGAUUUGAUCACUAUUGAUCUUACCCCAUCAAUGCCAGAGGAAAAUGAGCCUUCUGAAGUAUGUGAUGAUUCUAAGGCUGCAGAUAGCACUAAGGGAACAGAAAGCUCUACAAACGGCCCCACAACUCCAGUUCAAACUUAAAGGUUAUACUAAAAAAAAGUGCUGUUGUGCAAAAAAUCCUAAACAAAAUAAGAAGUGUAAGAUUUCUUCCUUUUCCCACUUUUUUUUUUAAAACAUUUACUGUUUUAUCAGUUUUUCAAAGGUAUAAAUUUAAAGAAAUACUUGAAACUUGUAGAGAGUGGAAAAGAACUGUGAAAGUUUAAUUUUUUGUGUAGAUUUGCAUUUAAUACUUCUUCAGAAACCUUUUCACUAUUUUUAUACUUUUUUUAAAAAAAUAUG